AUGGCGCGAGAAGAUAUUUCCUUCCAGACGGCAGACAAUGUCACACUUCGAGGCUGGUUCUACAAGCCCAAAGAUAGCUCGGGGCGUCUGCCCUGCCUCGUCAUGGCGCACGGCUUUUCGGCGUUGAAGGAGAUGGACCUCGACACAUUCGCUGACUACUUCACCAGCAGACUCCCGCUAACAUGCUUGGUCUACGACAACCGAGGAUUCGGUGCCAGCGACACGAAAGAAGGGCAACCCCGCCAGGAAAUCUUACCUGUCCAGCAGACGAGUGACUACUCUGACGCUAUUACCUAUGCCCAGACCCGAGAAGAAGUCGACAGUAAAAAGAUCGGAAUCUGGGGUAGCUCGUACAGUGGAGGUCAUGUACUUUGGGUCGGUGCUGUGGACAAAAGGGUCAAGGCGGUUCUCUGCCAGGUCCCAUGUGUUGACGGCUACUCCAACUUCCAGCGGCUGAUUCGACCUGACUUUGUGGGCGGUCUUAAUGAGAUGUUUGAGCAAGAUCGUCACGCGCGUGCCGCCGGGAAGCCAGCAGGAACCCUCCCGGUGGUGGACGAAAACCCAGCGGCACCUUCUGCGUUACCGACGCCGGACUCGUACACCUUCUUCACAGCGUGGGGCAAGAAAAGUCCAUGGAAGAAUGAAGUGACUGUAAAGUCGAUCGAGGCGUUCCGUGAAUAUAAUCCAUCGGCACAUAUCCAUCACAUCUCUCCGACGCCCCUCUUGAUGACGGUGGCAGAGAACGACGUCUUGACGCCUACAGACCUUGCGAUAGAAGCAUACUCGCGGGCGAGGGAGCCGAAACAGCUGAAUCUUCUUCCGGGUGGUCAUUUUGAUGGGUACUCCGGGCCGAACUUCGAGAGGAAUGCCGGCACGCAGGUGGAGUUUCUGAGGAAAUGGCUAUGUUCGUAG